CUUGAAAUAGGCCCCAGAUGAGCUGAAUAAACAAGAUGUGGAUUAAGCGUUGUGAAGGCUUCAAUGUCCAGUGUGAAAUGAAAGAAGAAUGAUUGUAAUCUCACAUCAGACAUCAGGACCCAGUCAGAAGUUUGACUGGGCUUAAACUUGUUGGAUCAGUGACAGCUAAAAGGCCCUGAGUCCGCGGUGUCUGAGUGAACCAUAACCGGGGAUCACCGUGGUGUGGUCCGAGAAAGGGAACGCCAGUGAUUAACGCUAACAGCACCAGAACCUCUCAUGAACAUGUCACACACCGGACCCCCUCCUCGAUGGCGGAACUGUCCCAGAAGAGGACAGCCUGUGGCGGGUAAAUUCCUGCCAAUGAAAACAAUGCUGGGUCCCAGAUAUGACGACCAGGUUGCAGAGGAAAACAGGUUCCACCCGAGCAUGCUCUCCAACUUCUUAAAAAGUCUGAAAGUGAAAAUGGGUUUGCUUGUGGAUUUGACAAACACUACUCGUUUUUAUGACCGUGAUGACAUUGAAAAAGAAGGCAUAACAUAUGCGAAGCUUCAGUGUAAAGGCCAUGGAGAAUGCCCUUCGAAAGAGAUAACAGAAAUGUUCAUCAGGCUAUGUGAACAGUUCAUCGAGAAGAAUCCCACAGAAUUGAUAGGUGUUCACUGCACACAUGGCUUCAACCGGACAGGCUUUCUGAUAUGUGCAUACCUGGUGGAGAAGAUGGACUGGGGAGUCGACGCAGCUGUGGCUGCUUUCGCUAAGGCCCGGGCCCCAGGGAUCUAUAAGGGGGACUACCUCAAAGAGCUUUUCUGUCGCUAUGGUGACGAGGAGGACACGCCCUCCGCCCCCUCACUGCCUGACUGGUGCUUUGACGACGACGAUGACGGUGAAGCGGAUGAUGACGGUAAUGUGGUCGGUCAGGAGUCAGGUCCCAGUUCCUCUGGGUCAGCGCCUGGAAAACGAAAGAAGGAGAGGCUAAAGCAGGGUGCAGUUUUCCUUGAACGCAUCUCGGUCAAAGGUGUCACACAGGUCACGGCACAACCCAAACUAGGCAAGAUCCAAAGACGGUGUCAGGAGAUGGCCGAGUGGGAAAAGCCUGGUUUUCCUGGGGCUCAGCCUGUGUCCAUGGAUAGACACAACCUCCGUCUCCUGGAACAGAAACCAUACAAAGUCAGCUGGAAAGCUGAUGGCACACGAUACAUGAUGCUGAUCAACGGAAAAAACGAAGUGUUCAUGAUCGACAGAGACAACACUGUUUUCCACAUAGAAAACCUAGAGUUUCCUUUCCGGAAGGAUCCACGUGUCCACUUAUCAAAUACUCUACUGGAUGGGGAGAUGAUCAUCGACAAGGUGAAUGGUCAGCCAGUCCCCCGCUAUUUGAUAUACGACAUCAUCAAAUUCAAUGGACAGCCUGUUGGCCAGUGUGACUUCAGCAUCCGGCUGUUAUGCAUAGAAAAGGAAAUCAUUUUUCCCCGGCUGGAAAAGAUGAAGACUGGACAGAUUGACAAAACCAAGGAGCCCUUCAGUGUCCGGAAUAAGCCCUUCUUUGACAUUCAUGCAGCACGCAAGCUACUGGAAGGCAGCUUUACAUCCCAGGUCAGCCAUGAAGUCGAUGGGCUUAUCUUCCAGCCAUGCGGGAGAUACAAGGCCGGGAGGUGUGAUGACAUCCUCAAGUGGAAGCCCCCCAAUCUCAACUCCGUGGACUUUCGCCUCAAGAUCACCAAAGUUGGAGGAGAAGGGCUGCUUACAGAGACUUUCGGCUUGCUCUACGUCGGCAACUAUGACAGGCCCUUUGCAAAGAUGAAGGCCACUAAAGAGCUGAAACAGUACGACAACAAGAUCAUCGAGUGCAGUUUUGCUGACAACAGCUGGGUGUUCAUGAGACAGAGGAUGGACAAGAGUUUCCCCAAUUCCUACGAUACGGCCAUGGCUGUGUGUAAAAGCAUCCAAGAGCCCGUCACUAAGCAAAUCCUUUUGGAGUAUCUGGACCGCUGUGCUCAGGCGCUCCAAGCCCAGAACCGGAAACGCCCACCAGACCCGGACUCUGAGCUCAUGCCUCCUCCCCCUCCAAAGAGACCCAACCGGGCCAUCCCAUAGCCCCAGGGGUGGGCCUCGUGGGGUCCCAGUGUACAUCCCUUCACCAGCCACAUCGUCAACCUGACAAAACAGGCAUUUCAUGGCUUUCUUACCCUCAGCACAUUUGCUUUAUCAGCCUGCCUGUAAGGACAAGAACACUUUGACUGCCUCACUGUCAUGACUUUACCUUGUAGACUUAUUUGCAGCUUUAAUUGCUGGCGUUCUUAUU